UCUGGAAAGCCGGCUGUGACGGCUGCAACAUGGCGGACGUGCUGAGCGUUGGGGUGAACCUGGAGGCCUUUUCGCAGGCUAUUAGUGCCAUCCAGGCGCUACGCUCUAGCGUGAGUAGGGUCUUCGACUGCCUUAAGGAUGGCAUGCGCAACAAAGAGACGCUGGAGGGCCGCGAGAAGGCCUUCAUCGCGAACUUCCAGGACAACUUGCAUUCCGUCAACCGGGACCUCAAUGAACUGGAACGUUUGAGCAACCUGGUAGGCAAGCCGUCUGAGAACCACCCUCUUCAUAACAGUGGCCUGUUAAGCCUAGAUCCUGUGCAGGACAAAACCCCACUCUACAGCCAGCUUCUGCAAGCAUACAAGUGGUCCAACAAGCUGCAGUACCAUGCAGGUCUAGCGUCUGGCCUUUUGAAUCAACAGUCCUUGAAGCGCUCUGCAAAUCAGAUGGGUGUGUCUGCCAAGCGGAGACCGAAGGCCCAGCCCACCACUCUGGUCCUACCACCGCAGUAUGUCGAUGACGUGAUCAGCCGCAUUGACAGAAUGUUUCCGGAGAUGUCCAUUCACUUAUCGAGACCCAAUGGGACUUCAGCAAUGCUUCUGAUUCUUAUAAAAAGCUCUGCUCAGAGCAUUGCUGGCUCUUGGUUUGGGUCCUGAUGGCUAAAGGCCACCUCCUCCUCUUCCCGCCUGCUGUUGCCUCUGCCUUGGCCUUGCGCUAGGUCUCACCGUGACCUUGCUUGGCUUAGGGCAGCCCUGACUCCUUUGGUGAUUUGUUUCAUUUUUAAUAAUUUUCUGAGAUUAUAAUUACAUCAUUUCUGUUUUCCUGUCCUUCCUCCGAACUCUUCAAUAUAUCCCCCACCCCUUGCUCGCUUUCAAAUUCAUGACCUCUUUAAUUGUGGUAGUGUGUGUGUGUGUGUGUGUGUGUGUGUGUGUGUGUGUGUGUGUGUGUGGACAACCUGCUUGGACUGUAUAAUGUUACUAUAUGAUGUUGUGAUGAUGGUUCUUGACUUGAUUGUUGCCUCCUAAGAGGUAUGUGGCGAUCCCUAGAGGUUUUUUUAAGGCACUUUGAUAUAGACAUCUGAGUGGAUGGAGAGUACAGGUUCUGCUGUGUGUGAUCUCCUGCAGUGAGCCAGAGCAGCCCAGCAAGCCAAGUCAGGCACAUAGGUGCUCACCUUCCAGACAGUUGCACUCAUUUAUACCCACCAGCUACUCUGGAUUCUGGACUUCUCCCAGCCCUCUGAAGGCUUAGGCCUUCAUUUUAACUGUCUAUCAGACACUCCUGACAUCCACCCAUGCCAUAAUUCUGUGCUGUACCAGCAGUGUUUGCCAGAGCAAGCAGAACCUGAGUUCUAGUGCCUUUGUUACUGCACUGAUGCUAUGGGAGUUCUUUGUCAGUGCUUUUGUUCACUAACAUCCCAUUUUACAAGCCUGGUAAGAAAACAUGGGCUUUGUACUUCUCCAUGCUUGUGCCUCUAGGAAGUGUGCAUGUGUGCACUUGUGGAGACCAGAGGUGACAUUGAGUGUGCUCUAUUAUUUCUAUACUUUUUUUGAGACAGUCUCACUAUGCAACCCUGGCUGGUCUACAACUCACUGUAUAGCACAGGCUGGCCUCAAAUGCACAGAAAUCUGUCUGUCUCUGCCUUCCAAGUGCUGGGAAUAAAGAUGCACAGUACCACU